UCCUGUAUUACAGAGAUAUAUCCACCUCCAGAGCGUGGAUCAUUCCAUUCAUAGAAAUAAUAGGCAGUUAGUGAGGAAGAUAAAAGUUUAAUUUAGAUUUUAGAAGGUAGAUAAACAAAAUGGAGGAAUCUAAAGAUCUUCCAAAGAGCAAACACAGAGAGAAAAGAGAAAAUCUUAGAAAAACAGGAGACAGAGGACAGUGGUUCAGUAAAGCUGAAUAUGUUCUGGUUGUUGCAGGAAGUAUUGUUGGUCUGGGAAAUGUAUGGAGGUUUCCCUACCUCUGCUACAGAAACGGGGGAGGUGCGUUCCUGGUGCCUUACGGCCUGUUAGCAGUUGUUUGUGGGAUUCCUCUGUUUCUGCUUGAGACUUCAGUUGGUCAGUUCACCCAGGAAGGAUUUAUCACAUGCUGGACAAAACUCUGUCCUCUAGCACAAGGAAUUGGAGUUGGACAGCUGAUGAUUUCACUUUGUUUCUUCAUCUACAUUUUGAUUGAAGCCUGGGCUCUCUUCUACCUCCUGUUCUCGUUUAGGUCCCAUCUUCCCUGGGCCAGCUGUAACAACACCUGGAACACAGCUAACUGCAUCGAUAUCAUGACCUCCACUUCUCCUAAUGUGACUACAAGUCAGACCAACUCUUCCUCUGCUGCAGCUGAGUUCUGGGAACGCCGGGUAUUAGGCAUGUCUGCAGGCAUUGAGGAGCUGGGUGCUGUGAGAUGGGAGCUCGCUGGUUGUCUUCUAGCCUGCUGGGUGUUGUGUUACUUCAGCAUCUGGAAAGGUGUCAGGUCCUCUGGAAAGAUUGCCUAUUUUACUGCCACAUUCCCCUAUGUGAUGCUCCUGGUAUUACUUAUCAGGGGUCUGACCUUACCUGGGGCAUGGCAAGGGAUCUACUAUUACCUACUUCCUGAUUUAAAACGGUUGGCUAAUCUGGAGGUCUGGAUAGAAGCAGGAUCCCAAAUCUUUUUCUCCUACAGCCUAACUGCAGGAACAAUUAAUGUCUUGGGAAGUUACAAUGAGUAUAAUAAUGACUGCUACAAAGACUGCUUUUGGCUCUGUCUGCUGAACAGUGGGACAAGUUUUGUUGCUGGAUUUGUCGUCUUCUCUGUAUUGGGAUUCAUGGCUCAGAAACAGGGUGUGACGGUUGACACAGUGGUGGAGUCAGGUCCAGGAUUGGCCUUCAUUGCUUACCCUCAGGCUGCAGCCAUGAUGCCUUUACCACAGUUCUGGAGCUUCUGCUUCUUUUUGAUGCUGAUUCUGCUUACAGUUGACACACAUGUAAGAUAUGAUGGUUGCUUGACUAUAUUCAUAAUAACUGAUAUACUUUUAAUGCUUAAUUUGCUUUGUUUCACCCCCAAGUUUGUCAUAGUGGAGAGUUUUAUCACCACUGUAACCGACUUGUUUCCAAAAUUGUUUCGUGUGCCAGUGAAGCAUGAGAUCUUUGUCCUUUUUAUCUGCUUAUCAAGUUUUCUGGUACAUCUGACUUUGGUAACCGAGGGUGGAAUUUACAUCUUCCAACUGAUAGAUUUUUACGGCUCCACCAGAGUUUGCCAGAAUUUUAUGGCAAUAUGUGAAUGUCUGGCUGUGGGUUGGAUAAUUGGUGCUGACCGUUUUUCUGAGACCAUUGAGGAUAUGACAGGGAAGAGACCUUCAGUUUUCUUUAAAGUAUGCUGGAAAUUUCUCAUUCCUCUCCUAUCAUUGGUUUCCCUCAUCUUGUAUCUGGUUGAUUACCAACACCUAAGGAUCAACGACUGGUAUGUUUACCCUGACUGGUCUUAUGCACUGGGGUGGAUCCUGACUCUGUCCUCUGUAGCCAUGGUGCCUCUUUGGGCAGUUGGACAGCUGUGCGUUACAACAGGAACCAUCAGACAGGUCAGGGGAAACAAAAGGAACACUGAAUCCAUAUAUACACAAUAAGAGAUUUCCUGAAACUUAAAACAAAAGAUAAUUUCUUGUUUUCUAGCAACUGUCCAUCCUUUGCUGUCCUGCUGAUAAUCUGAUCCCACAGAGAAAAGAAAGAGAUGAAACAAGAGGAGACAUGCUGGAACAUCUGCAGAUGUCUGAUGAAAUAUAACUCGCAAAAAAAGCAAACAUCGUGGGGAGCCCAGGGAGCAGUUUGGGGUUAAGGGUCUUGCUCAGGGACCCAGAGUGGCAG